AUGGAGAACAGUCAGAAGGAUGAGGUUGUUGUAGAAGGUGGCAGGGCUAUGUUUCUGUGCACAGUGACGCCACCUGCACGCGGCACAGUGAAAGAGCUGCCUAGCUCGGUCACCUGGAACCUGGAAGGACGUGGUUUGGAACUGGACUCCCCAACGGAGGGGUUAGGCCGUUAUAUUUCCAAGGCAAACGAAAACCGGCACGUGUUGGUCAUCGUGAAAGUGCGAGCGGAGGACGAGGGACAGUAUACUUGUUCUGUGAAUGUGGGAGAGAGAGUACAUAUGGCUGCCAGGAAGCUUAUUGUUCAGCGACCGCCGGAAGCGCCAGUAGAAGUUCGCGUACAAAGCUGCCAUGGCAACACUGCAGAAAUAUCAUGGCUGCCUGGGAACUCCAAUGGAGCCAGCAUCCUACGCUACACCGUGCAGUUCAACCUCUCCGACAAACCCGACACCUGGUACAACUACUACGAUGAAUGUCCCGGUGACAGUACCCAAGCUUUCGUGUCAUUAUCUCCCUAUGGAACUUACUCUUUUAGAGUCAUCGCCAAGAAUGCUGUUGGAGCGAGCCGGCCUAGUUCAGCUACGACCAGGGAGUGCACGACCCCACCAGACAGGCCUGACCGGAACCCCAGCGGCGUGCAGACCCGCACGGAUAAGAAAGGUUUUCUGGUUAUAGAAUGGGAGCCUCUACAGCGACUGUCGUUCCAUGGUCCAGGCUUCUGCUACUUCGUGCUGUGGCGAAGGAAGGGCAGCCUCGCCUGGAACUCUGCCACGGUCAAUGGAACCUAUGCUUCCAGGUUCGAGCAGGAGGUUGAUGAGGUUUACGCACUUUACGAGUUUCAGGUGAAGUCCCAGAACGAGAUGGGAGAAGCCCAUCAGCCUGCCUUCGUCUACACUGGCCGCAGUUUCGAAUCUGAGCCAAAGAUCACAGUUUCCGGUUUCCGACAGGAUCAGAAACGACCCCAAACCCCAGGAACAGCCCAUUUUGUGUGGGAAUCCAUAGACCCCAAUGACAGACAAAUCAAUGGAAAAUUUAUCGGUUACAAGAUUCUCUACUGGAAGUGGGAUUCCGAAAACAAGGUCAAGAAUGAUGUUUAUAUUCCCUUGACGGGUUCUCCAGUAGAAGUGGGACAAGAGGUCAGAGGUUCUAUAUCUGACCUUCCGGCAUAUUCCGUUAUUAAAGUGCAAGUGGUAGUGAUCAACACUCAUUACCAGGGACCUCCGGGAGAAACAAUUGAUGUUUUCACUCCAGAAGGAA